GUGCGUGUGUACAUAUAGGUAUAAUGCGCUGUCGUGUGCGUUUAUAGGAGCUGAGUAGGUAGCGAUCGAUCGUCAGCCGAAAAAGAAAAGAAGCUCGCUGGCAGUUCCAAUCAAUCGGAGCCCUUUUUCUCGCGAUCGCAAUCCCUCCGUUGUAAGUAAUAUAUAUACAGCACGCACGACGCGCGCCGAUUCCAGAAUCUAAGAGCUAAAAGUCAGAUGCUGGGGUUCAAGCCACGAGUUGCUAUCCCGCGAGUAAACAAGCGCAUAUACACGGCAGCUUUCCCGAUAGCCGCAUUGUAAGAUCCAAUACAGCUGUGCGACACAGGUACUUGCACACCUGCAUCGCGUAAAAAUAGCGAGAGAGAGAGUUUCGGGAGUGCGGAUGCACCGAGCGCGAGUGUCCCCACCCCGCGGAUAGAGAGAGAGGCGGCGCGUGCGUGCGCGCGGAGAGCAGUGAGAGCAGAGCUGUCGGAACGUCGCGAGUCUGCCGUGGAAAGCGCGGAAGAGUGGAUCGCUCGCGGAAACACACAGAGAGAGAGAGAGAGGGAGAGAGAGAGAGAGAGAGAGAGCCAUACGUCAAUCCGUGCGGGUGAGAGUGAGAGAGUACCUAGGUAUCGAUCGCGCAGCUUUCGAGAGACACGUCUCUCUCUCUCUCUCGCUGCAGCUGCGAACAAGGUAAACAAUGCCGAGCGAUCAGGAAGACUCGGUGCUCGAGCUGAACGUGGGCGGCGUCUUCUACACGACCGCCCUGGCGACGCUGACGCGCGAGGCCGACUCGCACCUGGCCGACAUGUUCAAGGAACGCGCGAGCCUCGAGAAGGACGCCAAGGGCAAGUACUUCGUCGACAGGGACGGCGUGCUCUUCCGCUACGUGCUGGACUUUCUGAGAAACCAGGCGCUCGUGCUGCCCGAGGGCUUCCGGGAACGGGCGCGGCUCAGGCAGGAGGCCAGCUUCUACGGGCUGGGCAACCUCGACAAGGCCAUCCAGGAGCAGUCGGCCGGCGGCGAGGCCUCCUCGCUGCAGCAGAAGCGAGGCUACAUCACCGUCGGCUACCGGGGCAGUUUCGCCUUCGGCCGCGAGGGCCUGACCGACGUCAAGUUCCGCAAGCUGUCCCGCAUCCUCGUCUGCGGCAGGGUGGCCCUCUGCAGGGACGUCUUCGGUGAGACGCUGAACGAGAGUCGCGACCCGGACCACGGGAUGAGCGACCGCUACACCUCCCGCUUCUUCCUCAAGCACAGCUCGAUCGAGCAGGCGUUCGACAUGCUGCAGGAACAGGGUUUCAAGCUCGUCGCCAGCUGCGGCUCCGGGACAGCCGGGGGCAAUCAGGCCGGGCUCAAGCCCGGUGUCGACUUCGAGGAGAACCGCUGGAACCACUACAACGAGUUUGUCUUUGUGCGUGAAUAGAUAUGUUGCUCUGCUCUAUUCAGCUCCGGUCUUCUGCUGACGCCUAUAGUCCUUCUUAUACGUUAAGCUUUAUGUAGAACUUAUCUACGCAAUACGCAUAUAUAGCACGGUUUGUUGACGCGAGAAAACCCUCUUUUCUAUUAUACAAGCUGCUCAUUUUCUAGCCGCGCGCGAGCCCUUUUCUUUCCUACAUUCGAUUGCACCCGACAUUAUGCGAUCAUACUGAACGGAGCAUAUCGUUGCGAUUAACGCGAUUAUGCGACGAACGGCCAGCGAGAAGCGCGCUGCACACGUGCACGGCGAUAAAGAAGGAAAAGAAUAAGCGGCCCAAUUACGAGACAACGAGUGCCGCUCUUCAAACUUUCAAACUUUCUUCCCAUCGGUUUUAUUGGUGUAACCGCGGCGGGGGAUCAAAAGCUGACAUUUGCAUCGGGCGAGUUUAUCGCGCGUAUUAUUUACGCGCCUUAUUUGUGAAAGCAACGUAUGAAGCUCUCCUCCUUCUCGCACAUUGCAUAUUACCCCCAAUAACGCUGAAGUUGAUUAUCACACGAGUCGGCCAGAAACGGCGUUGUUUCGUCCUUUAUUUUCCUCCUUUUUUCUUUUUCGAGCGCUUGUAUUCUCGCGGCACGAUAUAGGGGGGUGUGCGAGCUAUAUGCGCGCGCGUGUGUAGGUGCGCGCGAUCCUCAGGGGCCACGAAUAAGCGGCGGCGGCGGUGCGGCCUCGGCAGUUUAUGAAAAUCAAUGCAUUGAAUAUCAGCUGCGCCGAACAAAGAGAGCAAAAGCAACCAAUCCCCCACCCCCCCUGUAAAUCGGCCGAAUUUAACACGAAUUUUUUGCCCCCCCCCCCCCCCACCCGGUAAUUGGAUUUACAUUCGAACGAUUAUUAUGUGCGCGUUCGUUGCGUAAAAUAACAUCGGCUGUAUAUUCAUUUGCAUUUAUAUUCAAUUGCAGGACGUGUGCGUUUUUCAUCCGCUUAUGUGCUUCGCCGAGGAAAUUCAGUUCUCGCGGCGCAGGUGCGACGGAAAAAAAGCGAGGCGGCAUUUUUACUCGUGCUUGACGCUCUCUUGCGCGCGGUUAUGACGGAUAAUUGAUGGUAUAUUAAAAAGAGACUCGCAAUUUGCUGCGCGCUCUCCUCUCUCUAUCUCCGUCUCUUAAAAGAAGUCUAGAUUUAAAGGAAAAAAGUGAAACUCCAAGAAUUGAUAUAUAACGCGUAAGUCGAUUGUAUACAGUAUAAUCUAUACAAUAGUUGAUAUAAUAUAUACGCGUCACGUGUACAUAUAUUGAGAAACUUGAGGCCACACCGAAUAGUCGUUAACCAUAUGUAGGCGCAUUACAGGUAAAUAGCAAAGCCGAAAAAUGGCAAAAAAAAAAAAAAAAACAAAAAA